AUGGCAAAACCUCCAGCGCCAGAGAAGCCUUGUGUCUCGUCGGGCGAAUCCUCCUUCAGGAUUUCGUGGACCAUCCCAGAAGUGGAGCCGGAGGUCACAGCCUCCACCUUGAAGCUGCGGAUAAAGGGCAGCACCAGGCUUCACAACUACGACCACGGCACCGGACGACUCGUUCCCAAAGGUGGCUCCACCGUGCCCGCCCCAACCUGUGAAGUCACAGUGGAGGGCUGUGAGGAGGGCAUUGAGUAUGAGGCCGUCCUGGCCGUGAUGAACAGCGAGGGGUGGAGCGAGCCCUCGCCCUUUAGUGAGGCGGGCUGGUUUGGUGCCUCUUUGAAGACACGUGACAAGCCACCGAAGCCCACCGCGCCCUCGCUCACGGCCCUGGGCAGCGGGAAGCUCCGUGUGACCUGGGCGGUGCCGAGCGCAGCGCCACCUGUGGAAGCCACUCAGGUCCAGCUGACUGAUGUGGGCACAGGGAAGAAGUGGCUCAUCGACCUGACGGGCGCCCUGGUCUCGACCGGGCGGACCAGCUUCGCCGCCAGCCGCAGCGAGGUGAAUAUUCAUGGCGUUCAGGAUUGUGUGGAGUAUGCAGCAGAAAUUUGCUGCCGCAAUGCCGAGGGCUUUGGAGAAUACUCGAUGGCCAGCGACAGUGUGGCCAACAUUGAUGCCAAGGGGCAGAUUGGUGGCAUGCAACUAGUGAUCCACGAGGGCGCAUCCGAUGUUCCGGUCAUGGUCCCCCAGGGAGAUGGCAAGAUGAAGGUCAGAUGGACCCUGCCAGAAGAGGCCAAGCAGACGAUUGUAAAGCUUCGCAGAGUAGGCAACCAGAACUGGUACCUUUGCACGGGCGGCGCCAUCGCCGCGCCGGCCACGGAGACGCUGGCCACGGGCUUGGAGGAGGGCAUCGAAUACGAGGCCAUGGUCUCCUUCUUUAUCAACAACCGGUGGUGUUGCGAGUCGCCGAUCAGCAAGCCAGCUUGCAUAGGCGAGCUGAAGCUGCCAGCGCCUCCCACACAGCCCAAGGAGCCUCGGCUCUACGUGAUGGACGUGAGCCAAGGCAUCAUGAGAGUGAGGUGGCAGUACUUCUCUUGCGUCCCGCCCCUGAGCGGCGCGCUGGUGCGUUUCCGCGCCGUGGGCGCCCGGAAGUGGCUCUUCGCACAUCCCAGCAGCGGAGCGCUCAUUGAUGUCUCUCCUGAAAAGGAGCCGGAUCUCAUCCCAUUUCCACAGACCGAAGUCGAUGUGCGAGGGCUUCCCCUCGGCAUCCGCUUCGAGGCCUGCGUGGCUUUCAGGAACAAGCUGGGCACCGGGCCCUUCUCGAAAGAGAGCGAGAUUGGACACAUUGGGAUGUUGGCCGCCCGAAUGCUGAAAUGCACGUACUGUUUCCAGGACUUUGACCUGCAAACAGCUGAAUACACCCGGGCGCUUGAGAAUUUUUGGUGCCCCUUAUGCCGCUUCAGGCACCUGGACCCCUUCAAUGCCAUCGUGGAGCAAUCAGGUAUCCUCAGACAUCACAUGUUCAUGCGGCCGAGCGUCUCCUUCAACCUCGACCUGCCGGAACUCAAGGCAUGGCGCAAGGAGGAUCAAAGUAUCUUCGCGAGGUGUAUCAAGGUGAAUAGCGACAUCACGGCGCAGGUUUGGCCUACCAAGCUCAUCGUGGUGAUCAACGGUGCGGAGGUCUUUCGAAUAGAACCUCCGGAAGAAGGCCAUGUACGACGAGACGCCCGGAGCCCCAAGGGCGCCAGGCCCAGUGGAUCCACCGUGCCUUCCUAG